AUGUUGGGUGCCUUCAUGCCCAGCCCGAGAAACACCCUACAAUCCAGCAACUUGCGAUUUCUCUCCUCUCUGAGCUUUCACAUUGACGUCAAACCUCUACUGUACCCGGAGGGCCUCAUCUCAGUGGGUUUCGUAAUGGCCAGCUUCCAGCUCGAAAACGUUGAGAUGGAGGCCUCGGUGUGUACUAAGGGCCUCGACUGGAACCGUUACGAGGACGUCAGACUCGCGUAUUUGGCGGCCAUAGAUUCCAGCCUGGCAUCAUCGGAUGCCAGGGACUUUUUCGAAACGGUGAACAUACGGUGUGACCGAGCCAACCAAGCUGCGAAUGAGCUGGUGGCCCUGAUGUGCUUGAUCUCGGGGCAAUGCCCGCAGUUGACGAGUCACGUCCACGCCAUCACUUUAGGCCGCGAUAUAGUGAUCCUUUAG